GCUCCUUCCAUCCAAUACCAUCCGAGAAACCAUCCUCCAAUCAGAAAAGCUGGAAUGGAGGCCAGUGAGGGACGAGGUAACAAUGGGAUGGAUGUAACGGGCCUCCUGAUUGGCCGCUGCUCCUGUGAUGCUGCUGCUGAUACAUUGUUACAAUGUCAGCUGUUUGUCUGGCCAUUUAAAUGUAACAGAUGCAGCUCUGGCUGUGCCUGCCCUGAUACUGCUUGCCCGCCCGCCUGCCCGCCUGCCCUCCACACAGCUUGCCCGUCUCCCCUGGCUCACUAUGGAUUCGUUUGGGAGAGCAUUGUGCAACGGAUUUUUACCUGCUGAAAAGAAGACAGUCUCUCUGGUGGUGGAAAGUCAUGGGCAGCAAAUAUUAACUGUGCUUCAGAACUUCAGAGAACAGAAUAUAUUCUUUGAUUUCAACAUAAUCGUGAAUGCUGAAUCCAUUCCAUGCCACCGUUGUGUGCUGGCAGCUAGCAGUGACUUCUUCAGGGCUAUGUUUGAAGUAAAUAUGAAAGAAAGAGAUGGUGGAAGUGUCACCAUCAGCAAUCUGUCCACAAAAGCUGUAAAAGCAUUUCUGGAUUACGCCUACACAGGAAAAGCAGAGAUUACAGAAGAAAACGUGGAUAUGCUGUUCCAGAUGUCCUCCUUUCUCCAGGUGUCUCUACUGGCAAAGGCGUGUAGUGAUUUUUUAAUUAAGAACAUCGACAUCAGUAAUUGUUUACAACUGUUGUCGUUGUCAGAUAGCUACGGGUCUACCCGUUUGUUUGAAUGUGCCUUACAAUUUGCCCUACGACAUUUCUCAUUGCUAACACAAUCUACAGACUUCUUAAUGUUGAAUGUCGGAGUUCUAGAAAAAUGUCUGCAGGAUGAUGACUUGAAUGUUCCAGAUGAAGAGUUUGUACUCCUGGCCGUUCUGGCAUGGACCAAACACAGCUCAGAAAAGAGAGAGAGAUAUUUCCCUCAAUUGAUAAGUAAAGUUAGACUUCACCAAUUAUCACAACCUGUUCUUCAAAAUAUACUAGAAACUGAGGAGCAGUUAUUAACACGCACGGACUGUUUAUCGAUGGUCAGUAAUGCUAUACAAUGUAUUGAACGUUCUGGAGGGUUAUUCCCUGAUGCCCGCAUUUCCACUACAGAAAAAUAUAUUUUUGUCCAUAAAACUGCCGAUGAUGGAGAAACCCAGUAUACUUUCUGCUAUAAUAUCAAAACUGAUAAAUGGUUAGAGCUUCCACAGAUGCACAUCAUUGACCUUCCAGGUUCUAGCUUGUCUAGUUUUGGAGAAAAGAUCUUUAUCACAGGAGGAUGUAACGGUAGCUGUUGUCGUGCAGUGAGGCUUCAUAUUGCUGAGCCUCACCAUGAAGCCACUGACCAAACCUGGUGCUUCUGUCCUUCAAGCAAUAACUCUUUUCAAGUACCAGCCAUGAAAAACCCAAGAACCAUGCAUGCAUCUGUCAUGGCCCUCAAUCAGUUGUUUGUGAUUGGUGGAAAAACCAAAGGAGCACAAAAUAUCCGAAGUCUUCUAGGUGUCGAAGCUUAUAAUCCUUUAACUAAGGAAUGGAAGUCAGUCGCCCCAUUGCCAAGAGGGAUAUACUACCCUGAGGCAAGUGCGUGCAAGUCUGUCAUUUAUGUACUAGGCUCUGAAGUUGAGAUAACCGAUGCAUUUAACCCUUCCCUUGACUGUUUUUUUAAGUAUAAUGCAGACACUGAUGAAUGGUGUAAACUUGUCGCAGAGUUUGGCCAAUUUUUUCAUGCAACUUUAAUCAAAGCAGUGCCAGUGAACAGCACCUUGUACAUCUGUGACCUUUCAACGUACAAAGUUUACAGCUUCUGCCCCGAGACUUACGUGUGGAAGGGAGAAGGGUCUUUUGAGUGUGCUGGUUUCAAUGCAGGGGCAGUGGGUAUUGAAGACAAAAUUUAUAUUUUGGGCGGUGAUUAUGCCCCUGAUGAAAUCACCGAUGAAGUUCAGGUCUACCACAGCAACCGAUCAGAGUGGGAGGAAGUCUCUCCAAUGCCCCGAGCUUUGACAGAAUUUUACUGUGAAGUAAUUCAGUUCAAUAAGUGCAGGGAUCCAUGGGGUGUAAGCCAUUUGUAAGCUCAUGAACAUUAGGGACUACGCCAUAUGUACAUGAUUAAUAUCCAGUAAAUGAAUUUCAAAUGUAAUGUUACUGAAUGCUAGGGAUGGAUGCAUACAGUGCAUGAAGUCCUCAAACCUGGAAAGGACUAGAAGUUUAACACGUUAUGGGAUGUCUUUUCAGAUAUACAUUAUUUUGGUUCUGUUGUAUCUGAAGAUGCUUAAAGAUCAUGAAUGGUCUAUGAAUUUUGUGUACUUAUGAGAUAUUUUGGUCUACCAAACAAAAUUAUUUUACUACCUUAUACAGUGCUGACCUAUUCCUCAGCACUUUACAGACAUUAGCAUCAAGCUGUCCCCAGUGGAGCUCACAAUCUAAGUUCCCUAUCAGUAUGUCUUUGCCAUGUGGGAGGAAACCGGAGGAAACCCACGCACACAUGGGGAGAACAUACCAACUCUAUGCAGAUGUUGUGCUUGGUCAGAUUUGAACAUAGGACUUUAGCACUGCAAG